UGAUCCAUGCGCCUGGCUUCAUGUAGCGUACGGAUCCACUUCGCAACUUUCAUGAUUCAGAAUGUCAUUGAAAAUCCGACCGGACUAAUAUUUAUUUCGAUGAACUUAUUGUCAUAUGUAAUUAUAGAUUGACGUAAGUUAUGUACAAUAUUAACGUAAGGAAAGAAAAACAAAGAUGACCGUCAGUGUUUCAUAACCUGCAAUAAUGUAACUGGAUUUAUAGAACUACAGUACAACCGCAUACACAAAGAAGACAUGUACAAAACAUGUACACAGUCAAGUGGAAUAACAGCUCUGAAAUGUAUAUUUUCAAAGAGAAUAAAGGUUAAAUGUAGCCAGGGACACCAAGACCUCUCAUACCGGACAAUGGCAAACAAAUACAGACUCUUUUUUCUUAGAUCAUCCCAGCAGGUGUUGAGGUGUGUGCACAGCACAAGAUCAAUACCUUCCAUGAAUCAAAUUUACUCCACAAAACCAUCUCUUCCUCCAAACUCUUUGGCACGGGCUUAUGAAUUCUCCAGAACCUGCUCUACUUACAAUUCAGGUCAAAGCAGUUUUUCACAGAGAAGCCACACAUGUGGAGAACUGUGCUCCAGUCAUAUAAAUGAAGAAGUUACUUUAUGUGGCUGGAUUCAGUACUUGAGGCAAGAUCUUUUUGUGAUCUUGAGAGACUUCAGUGGACUGGUGCAAAUUCUUAUCCCACAGGAUGAGUCUAAAUCUGAACUGAAGAAUGCUUUUCUCGGCCUCACGGUGGAGUCGGUCAUCAUGGUCAAAGGACGGGUCAGACGUAGACCAGAGGGACAGGAGAAUAAGACAAUGUCCACUGGGAACAUUGAGGUCUGUGCUGAGAGCUUGGAAGUGCUGAAUACCUGCCGAAAGCUGCCGUUUGAGAUUAAAGAAUUUGUCAAAAAAUCUGAAUCCCUCAGGAUGAAGUAUCGUUAUCUUGAUCUUCGGUCAGCCAGGAUGCAGUACAAUUUAAGACUGAGAUCACAAAUGGUGAUGAAAAUGAGGGAGUACCUUUGCAAUUUGCAUGGAUUUGUGGAUGUGGAAACACCAACGUUGUUUAAAAGAACACCUGGGGGUGCCAAAGAAUUUGUGGUGCCAUCUGGAGACCCUGGGAAGUUCUACUCUCUUCCACAAAGUCCACAGCAGUUCAAACAACUUCUUAUGGUGGCUGGCAUAGACCGGUACUUUCAGCUCGCUCGCUGCUACAGAGACGAGGGCUCCAAGCCUGACAGACAGCCUGAAUUCACACAGGUGGAUAUUGAGUUAUCCUUUGUAGACCAGGCUGGAGUCAUGAGUUUGAUUGAAGGCUUGGUUCAGUACUCCUGGCCAGAGGACAAAGGACAGAUUAAUGUCCCCUUUCCAUCCAUGACUUAUGAGGAAGCCAUGAGAGACUACGGAGUUGACAAACCAGACACUAGAUUUGGGAUGAAGCUUGUGGAUGUCACCACAGCAUUCCAGGGAACGCAAAUCGAAUUCAUUAGAAAUGCACUUCUUGAGCCUUAUGGCUGCAUUCAGGCUAUCUGUGUCCCAGAAGGAAUGAAACACCUGAAGGGCAAAGACUUGGAGUUCCUCAAACAAGCAGCCAAGGCACAGUAUGGUCAGGAGGUGAGCGUGGCUCCAGUAAGGGCAGAUGGUUCACUGAAAUCCCCUCUCAGCCGGCUGCUCUCGGACACGGCCAAACAGCAGCUGCUCCAGAUGGCCCAGGCCAAUGCUGGAGACCUGAUCUUCAUCACGGCCGGACCCCGGGAGAACGUGCGCCGUCUGCUGGGGAAGGUGAGACUGCAGUGCGCUGAUCUGCUUGAGCACUACGGUGUGCCUGUUCGUGACCCCUCUGUCUUUCACUUCUUGUGGGUGGUGGACUUUCCCCUCUUCUUACCCAAAGACGAUGAUCCAGAGAUGCUUGAGUCUGCCCACCAUCCCUUCACGGCUCCAGUCCCCGAAGACGUCCAUCUGCUCUACACCCAGCCCCACAACGUGCGUGGCCAGCAUUAUGACUUGGUGCUGAAUGGCUGUGAGAUUGGAGGAGGUUCAAUUCGAAUCCACAAUGCCUCUCAGCAGCUCUAUAUCCUGGACACGAUUCUCAAGGAAGAUCCAUCACUUCUUGCUCAUCUAUUGGAGGCUCUGGACUCCGGGGCCCCUCCUCAUGGUGGAAUCGCGUUAGGGCUGGAUCGACUGAUCUCGAUCAUUGUAGGAGCUCCCAGUAUCAGAGAUGUCAUAGCUUUUCCAAAAUCCUUCAGGGGUCAUGACCUCAUGAGUCAUGCUCCAGACUUUGUUUCUGAAGAAGAUCUGAAGCAGUACCAUAUUUCUGUGGUCUGGCCAAGCACAGAUACAGGGGAUCAGCAGGACAACUCAAUGUAAGCACUAAAUGGUUAAUAUGUGUAUGAAGUUCAGUGUCGCCAUCUGUGCUCAUGCUGGUGAUGGACUUCAGAGCAAAAGCAGCAGGAUCACUUCCUGUCCUGAGAGAAUUGAGCACCAUUUUCAGAGAGAAGGCCAUGUCUGUGUCCUCUACAUCAUGAAACUCUUCUCAUCUGCUGCUUGAACAGGUCAGUCAUGUUAUAUACAUGCUGUAAUUAGUGUUUUCAACUGUACAUUUUUGAAUUAAACUUGUUUUAGUGGAAAAACUAUGAAAUCCAGAGAGAGCAUGGCUGAAUAUUUCAGUAGGGGGCAGUGUUGUUCCAUUCCAUCUUUCUACAUUGCUUCAACCUCCCCUCGGCAUGCCCUGUAAUGAAAAUCAAGCGUGCAUCAUAUCCUACAUUUUUCCCCCCGCACCACCAGACAUACCAAAUAAAGCUACAUUUCAGUUUUUCUCAGCGAUGCCUUAUCUGCAAAAGCAGAUGCUCAUUUUUCAUGCCCAGGUACAGCUACUCAUUACAGCCCGUGUUGUUUUAAAACAGACCUGUGUGCUCGCCGCCAUGCUGUGAACACAGUUCUUUGUGUAUGACAUGCUGUUUUUGACGCUCUUCCAAUGACUUUUACUUAAGUACCCAAUCUAUUUACAUUACCAUGUUUACUUGGAAGUACCUACCCACGUUCAGUACGUUUCCAUUAAUGCUUUAGAGACAAUUUCAUUACCGAAGCUCAGCUAUUUGAUAUAGAGCACUUCAUCUAGGUCUGGGAUCUGAAUUACGUGACUAUUGUCAGCGUUAAUAGUUUAUAAAUGCGCUACCCGUGUUUUAACAUUCUGAUUUAACCCUUUUAAAAGGGGAUUAGUUUAAUUGUUAUCAUUAUUUAAGGUUCCAAACCCGUUUCAUUUUCUUUCAUGUGGAACACAAAAAUAUAUUUAAAAAAAUAUUUUAGUUUUUUCGUUUUCCAAAAUAAUCUUCUUUUGUGUUCCCUGGUUUAACUUAUUAUCUGAGAACAUGACACUUUGAAUUGCACACAGAGUUUAGUUCCACAAAUUUAAUCACAAAAUCAUUGGCUAACUGUAAAAUUUUUAGCCCACUUUUCGUCAAAUAAAAAAAAAUAAUAAUAAACAAUUGGUGGAUUACUAGUACAGGUUUGAAGCAACAAAAAGGGAGUGAAUGAUGAGCAUUUUGGGUGUUAGAUAUAUGGCACAAUGAUUUAUAUUUCACAAAUAAAGCGAGUUUGUAAAUAUGCAGCUAGCCUUUUUUGAUUAUCCUAAGUUUGGUUACGCGUGUAACACAAAACUGCUCCGCUUGCAUUAUAAUCAACAGACCUGUCUACACAGUUAACUGAUGGCCUAUUUCUAUUUUUAAACACACUGCAGCUACUCAAGCUAUUUUAUUUUGCCGUCCAAAAUAAAAUGAUUUACAGAUAU